CAGAGAAGCCACGCAGGGACAAGCGCGCGGUGCUCGAGCCGCACUGGGUGGCCACGACAGGAGGAGGAACCAGGGCUGAAGUGUCAACAACUGUGACUGCAAAGGAGAUGGGGGCCUCUGGACCAGUACUCAUGGUAGAGCAGCCUUAGCUCCCCUGGGGUUCUUAUCUAACUGUGUUGCUAUUGGCAGAAUUUCCGGAAGCUGCUGGGGGAUGUCUGACUAGCUCCGAUGGAGCUCCACUACCUUGCUAAGGAAAGCAGCCAGGCAGCCCUGUGCAACCCAGUGGACUGGAGUUCAGGAGGACCUCCUGGUGACCAGGCAGAUGCAGCAGCCACUAAAGCUGCUCUCUGCUGCCAGAGUCACUGUCUGUCAACACCAAGAUCAGCCGAGAUGGAAGGGUCUAAACUUAGCCCUUCUCUCGCAUCCCCUUCCUCCUUUCUGCAAGACAGUGUUAUUCAGCCAGACUCCUUGCCACCAGGCCCGCUCAACUCAGGGAACAACCAAAGAACAGCAGAACGGAAAGUCUGCAACUGCUGCAGCCAGGAAUUAGAAACUUCUUUUACGUAUGUGGAUGAAAAUGUCAACUUGGAGCAGAGGAACCGGAGCUCCUGUUUAGCAAAAGGGAAUAAUCACCCUGGAGACCUUGACUGGGGAAAUCCAAAUGAGUGGUCCCAUGAGGCUGCCUUAUCCUUGAUAUCUGAAGAUGAAGAUGAUACAAGUUCAGAAGCCACAUCUUCAGGGAAGUCAGUAGACUAUGGUUUCAUCAGCGCCAUCUUGUUCUUAGUCACUGGCAUCCUGCUGGUGAUCAUCUCUUACAUUGUCCCACGGGAAGUGACCGUGGAUCCCAACACUGUGGCGGCCCGGGAGAUGGAACGCCUGGAGAAGGAGAGUGCAAGGCUGGGAGCUCACCUGGACCGCUGUGUGAUUGCCGGACUCUGCCUGCUCACGCUUGGGGGGGUCGUUCUGUCCUGUUUGCUAAUGAUGUCUAUGUGGAAGGGGGAGCUUUAUCGUCGCAACAGGUUUGCUUCUUCCAAAGAGUCUGCGAAACUUUAUGGUUCUUUCAACUUCAGGAUGAAAACCAGUGCUAAUGAAAACACCCUGGAACUGUCCUUGGUAGAGGAAGAUGCUCUCACUGUACAGAGUUAAUUCUACUGUUAACUCAGUUGUGUAGAGUUUACUGGUUGUGAACCUCUUGAGAGUCUGCCUUGGCAUUUUUUAUGAAAAAAAAAAAAUCCAACAUAUUUCUUAAAAUGUGCAGUGCAGUUUAUUUGCGUGGUAAGAAAAGUUUCUUUCCCAAACUAACAGCCAGUGAGUGUUUUUGUUCUCUCUCUAUUUUUUAUUUAGAAGAAAAGCCAUGUAAGAUGCAUUAAGUAAACACAACCAAUGACGCCUGUCCUUCUAAAGAGCUGAGACUAAUUAAUCUGUAUUGGCCAUCAGUUUCUACUUUAUAGCAAAAUAUUUCUAAUGACCCAGUGUACAAAGGAUUUCUUUUACAUGAUAUGGGAUAUUCUUCGGACACUAGGAGGUCCAACACACAGUAGGAUUAAUUAGUAACCUAUUUUGUGAAAAAGAACUGAAGCACUAAUCACAUAAUAAGGCUUACAUUUAAUUCUCAAAAGUGCUUAUCCAUUUUCUUCUAAAUUUUUUCUUCCUGUAAUUUGGCUAAACACUAAAAUAAGGGUUUUGACUUUGAAUAUUUUGAAGCUUGAGGAUGUUGAUUAUUAAGGAAAAAAAGGUAAAAAUACAUUUCUUAUAUUUAAAAUUAUUCCUGUACUCAGAAGUGGCAACUAAGUCAUUAGAAUAAACUUUCUAGUAAAAGAAAAUUAUAUAAAUCAUUAUAAGACCAAUCCAAAUUUAACCCAGAAUGGUAGUGCCAGAUAUUAGCCAGUGUUGCAUGUUCAUUUUCUAGAUAAAGUAAAUUAGUUGCUGAUAUAAAUUUCAUUUUCUGUUUGUGGUUUAGCCAUCAUAUGGUUACCUAUGCUCUUGAAGUCUUUCUUGGUUCUCACACCUGAAAGGCAAAGUGUAAGACAUUUUUAAUAUAUUUCCAGACACCUAAGCAUCUAGGCAGGUCUGAGUCAUGACUGGCGGCUCAGGCACGCUCCCAGGUGACGCUUUGUUGUUGUUGUCUGAAGAAAACCUCCAAUACAAGUGCAGCUAGACUCUUGGGGACUGUGCCUAGAAACGGGUAUCACUUGCUCUAGGCCACGCUACAAGUCGUUGCCUCAGGAUGGCUGCAGUCCUUCAGCCCACAGCCAAAAAUUAAAAUGAGAAGCAAGAGAAAGAUUAAGCACAUCGGUUGGGUGGGAAUCACACUCCCCACCAGAACUCACCUCCCCCCAGCCAUGGUCUAGGCAUCAUUCUGAGCACGUUGUAUCCAGGCCCUUAGUAACCGUGACAUCUUGCCUCUUGAAGUUCAAACUUGCUCCGUGAGAGGCAUGAUGAGCAACAUGGUCACAACUUUACAAAACACACACCUAGCAUUCACACUAAGUCACUGUCUCAGUAUGGUUAUGGUUCAGGAAGAGGGUGGGGAAAUAUCAGAAAUAGCUUGCAUUUUGUGACUAUUCCUUGAGGUGUUUCUAACCUCCCACUGCAAGAGUUGUUUUAACUUCCAGUCCUGUGUUAGCUGGAUCAGUGGGGGCAUUCUUCAAGAGGACUGGA